AUGGCUCACCCCUUCGUAUCCGACUCGCACAUUCUUCACCGCGCCAUGUCGCACCGCCCAGAGAAGGUGAUUUCAGCUUCUGGUAUCUCCCUCUUCCUUGAAGAUGGCCGCGAGAUCCUGGAUGCCUCAGCCGGGCCCUCCGUCUCUUGCCUCGGAUUCGGAAGACCUGAGAUUGCGGAAGCUGUGAGCAACCAGAUCAACCAGCUCUCUUAUCUCUACUCGGGAGCACGGUUCACCUGUGAUGCCACGGAAGAGCUCGCCUCCCUUCUUCUACAGGGACAGCCUGGGGGACUUUCCAAGGCUAUCUUUGUCAACUCUGGCAGCGAGGCUACUGAUGCUGCCAUCAAGCUGGCAACGCAGUACUGGCACGAAAAGGGUAUGCCCCAGAAGCGCCACUUUAUUGCACGAAAGCAGAGCUACCACGGAAACACGAUAGGCGCGCUCUGUGUCUCGGGCCAUGACUCGCGUCGAGCCAUGUAUCGCGACUGGGUUUCGUCCAACGUCAGCUUCGUGGAUCCUUGCUUUCCGUAUCGCCUGAAGAAGAGCCAAGAGACUAACGAAGAAUAUGUCAAACGCUUGGCAGACCAGCUAGAGGCUGAGAUUCUUCGCAUCAUGUGUGGAAUGGGCAAGACUGGCACCAUGCACGCCUGGGAACAGGAAAACAUCUCGGGCCCUGACAUCCAGACUAUCGGCAAGGCGUUGGGUGGAGGGUACAUCCCCCUGUCAGCGGUGCUACUCCGCAGCAAGAUCUUUGAUGCCCUUGCUGAUGGGUCAGGGCUUUUGGCCCACGGCCAUACGUUCCAGGCGCAUCCAGUAGCUUGCGCUGCAGCGCUCGAGGUUCAGCGCAUCAUCCGCGAUGAAGACCUCCUCGGCAACGUGGCACGGAUGGGCCAAGUUCUUGAGCGACUCCUGAAGGAGGAGAUUGGUCCACUGGAGUAUGUAGGCGACAUCCGGGGCCGAGGCCUUUUUUGGGCAGUCGAGUUUGUGCAGGACCGAGUUGCCAAGACCCCCUUUCCCGCGGAUCUGAGACUUUGCCACCAGAUUGUGGACAAGGCGCUUGACUUGGGCUUGAACAUUCUGGGGAACCUGGGUAAAACAGGAGAAGUUCAUGUCGACCAUGUUAUCAUGGCUCCGCCGUAUGUGGUGACAGAGUCUGAGCUUAGGCGCAUGGUUGGGAUUCUGAGGGAGGCGAUCGAGGCUGUUACUCGUCAAGUCUGCCACACUGAGUCUGCGAGAUUGUGA